UUGCAGCACGCCAGUUGGUUGGAGUGCACUGAGUCUCGUAUUUCAGCAAAUGCUGAAAUGCCCAGGGCCUCUGAGUUAGUUAGGCCCUGGGCACUCGAACGUGCGGCGUCUUACCUUGAGGGUAAGGCAGCCAAGUGGUUAGAUGGUGUAGUUGUGACGGCCGGGUACGGGAGACGCAUGGCGGAUUGGGCUAAGUCUUUGACUUUAGACCAAUUCAUGGAGAUGGUAGAAGCUCGAUGGCAUAACCCACAGGAGGCUCAAAGGGCCACUGAUGCCAUUAACAAACUGGACCAACGCAAGUUCAGGUCAGUUAGGGAGCUUACGACUACCGUUGAGAGCCUGAUCCUCGUCCCAGGCAUUAACUACAGCGACCAAUUCCUCUUGACUACGUUUGUCAGAUGUCUCCCAGAGAACAUCAGGAACUUACCAGCCAGUGAGGCACGUACCGAGUACCACUCAUUUGAGACAUUGUCUAGGAAGGCUUUAGAUUUGGAGGCCACGUUAGGCAAUGCUCAACCCACCUCAGGAAAUGACUCAAAGAAGAAGAAGAGUCCUCAGGAGUGGAAGAAGAAGGGGGCGAAGUUGAUGAUGGUGGAGUCUGAUGGCACUCAAACAGAAAUCGACGAGCUCUCUGACCUGGUGGACUACUCAGAGUAUGACGGCGAGGAGGUAGCUGAGGGUAGCACACUCGCCGCGGUAGUAAAGACUAAGGCAAGUGGCCGAGGGAAGGGCCAACCUAGGAGUCAAGGGAAGGCCGCCUCCAAUCAGACCAAAGAGGUUGAGUGGGUAAAGGCAGGUCUUGAUCAGGACGUGUGGCGUGACCACCGAAUGCGUGGCGCUUGCAUCAACUGCGGAGAAUACGGACACACGCAGUGGAAGUGUCAGAACGCUAAGGACCGGGUACGGCACCUUAGUAGACCAGCAGCAUCUACUUUGGCCAACAAAGAGCGCAUGAUUGUCACAGACUACAUCAAGGACGUAGUCUGUACCUUCUCCUAUGGAGGAGGAGAGCUUAACCAUAAGAUCUCGUUCUUGGUUAGCGACGACUUGCCAUUCKAAAUGUUGCUAGGCAUGUACUACCUCGAAGUUGCUAAGCCCCAGUUCGACUGGGAUAAGAAGGUGCUCAAGCAAAAGUUGCCCGAUGGCCGAACUGUCAGAUUGACUAAGUUCAAGGCCAGCAAUAUAGCAGAUACCUAUGGUUGCUUGUGUGCAUCAGCAUUCUACAAUUACUAUAAACAGAACCAAGAGGAGGGUAUGUACCUUGUUUAUGUCUCUGAGAAGGGGGAGGUCGUUAAAACACCCCCAGAGAUAGAACGCAUCGUUGCUAAGUUCCCUGAUCUGUUCGAGGAGCCCUUAAGAGUUGUUGAUAGGGAAGUCGUCCACGCUAUAGAAAUCAUUCCAGGGAAUAAGUUUGUCGUGGUCUACUUAGACGAUAUUUUGAUUUUUAGUAAGUCUGCCGAGGAGCGCGCACAACAUGUUGAGACCGUACUCUCACUCCUACGACAGCACAAGUAUAAGGUCAACUUAGAGAAGUGCGAGUUUGGCCGCACUAAGAUACUAUACUUGGGUCAUGAAGUAUCCGCGRAAGGGAUUAGGCCGGAAGAUGCGAAGGUGGCUAGUAUUCGAGACUGGCCAGGACCUCAGAUAGUCACUGAGGUCAGAUCUUUCUUAGGAAUGUGCGGCUACUAUAGGAACUUCGUAAAGAACUAUUCUACAGCCGCCUCUCCUUUGACAGAUCUAAUUCAACUUGACACGCCGUGGGACUGGAGUGAUGAGUGCGAAGGUGCUUUCAAGCGAUUGAAGCAUGCACUCAUGAAUCAUGAACUUCUCAUGGUUCCCGAUCCGCAAAAGCCAUUCAUAGUGACCAUUGACGCAAGCCAAUACGGCAUUGGCGCAGUGCUGGCUCAGCAGGAUGGGAAAAAGUUGAGACCGAUUGAGUACAUGAGAUUGAGUGUUUCCAUGGAUUUCAUGGACACUCUUAUGACCAGCAAGAGUGGUAAGAGGCACAUUUUCGUCAUCAUUGACCGAUUCACCAAAUACGCUAGACUAAUUCCAAUGCCAGAGACAGCCAAGACGGAAUACGUCAUCAAGUUGUUCAAGGACAACUGGGUAAGGGACUUUGGUUUACCAAAGACUAUCAUUAGUGACCGAGACGUCCGAUUCAUAAGUGAGCUGUGGAAGAAGACUGUGGAACAGAUGGGCAGUCAACUUCAGAUGACUUCAGGGAAUCAUCCCGAAGCCAACGGACAGGCUGAACAAAUGAAUAGAGUUGUACAGCACUUGCUGAGGCAUUACAUGAAGCCCAGCUAGGACGACUGGGAUGAGCAGUUACCUCUCAUCGCCAGCCUGUACAACAACGCUAUACAUAGUAGUACCGGCGUUAGUCCUAACCAGCUGCACUUAGGAUGGAAGCCUAGAUCAACAUUAGACUUCCUCCUACCUGAAAACUGACCCGCUGCAACUCCAGGCACACUUGAAUACGGUGUGCAAUAUGAGAAGUUGCUGCAAGACGCUGUUGAACAUAUGAAGAAAGCUCAGCAAGCCAUGAUUGCUUCUGAGAAUCAACAUCGCAGACAGUC